AUGGAGAAGGGUAUUCUGCUGCUGGUGGCGGCGCUAGUGGGCCCAUGGACGGCCCAGGGCGCCCCGACCACACCUGCCACAAAAAACGUAUGUCCUAUACGCCAAUAUAUCACUACAUCACAGUCACUCACUUUUUCUUUCUUCAUCCUCUUCCCCCAAGCUUGCGGGACGAACCCCGCAGAUAUCCACUUUCUCCUGGACGCGUCCGGUAGUGUACAACCUGCCAACUUUCAAAAGCAGCUGGAUUUCGUGAAAAAAUUUACCCGCUCCUUCAACAUCGGUCCAAAUGGAGUGCAGAUCGGAGCGACCAUCUUCAGUACUACUCCAGCCAAUCAGUUCUGGAUGAACAGUCACCCGGACAAGACUGGUCUCCUUGCGGCGAUCAACAAAAUCCCGUACCCAGGAGGCAACACACACACUGAGCUGGGUCUGAAGUUUAUCCGCAACAACGCCUUCACGAAGGCUCACGGAGACAGGGACCGAGUUGCCAACAUUCUUAUUGUCAUUACCGACGGACAGUCCACAGAGCCCGCCAAGACCAAGAUCGAAGCUGAUGAGAUCCAUAAGGAGAACAUCAACAUUUUCGCCAUCGGCGUGGGUAACGGUGUGGACAGGAAAGAGUUGGAGCUCAUUGCCUCCGAUCCCAAAAACGUGUUCACAGUGAGCAACUUCAACGCUUUGGAUAACAUCCAGGCGUCCCUGCAGAAGACUGCUUGUGAAGUUGACGGACACUGGAGCAAGUGGGGCUUCUACAGUCCCUGCUCCAAGACAUGUGGCGGAGGAACUCAGUUCCGGGAGCGCACGUGCACAGACCCUGCCCCCGCCAACGGUGGAAAGAACUGCCAAGGUGAGUUGUCUUCUGAUUUUGCUUUCCAUGGAAAUGGCCGACAAGAUCGGGCUUGCAACACUGCCGCCUGCACCACCCUGCCGCCCCCGACCACCAAGCCUACCAUCAAACCUCAGCUCAUGACAACCCCAGCCGCCGGAUGUGGUGUCCAGCCUGCCGAUAUCCUCUUCGUGGUUGACGCCUCUGGCUCCGUGACUGCACCCAACUUCCAGAAGACCUUGACCUUUGUGGAGAACACAGUAAACGGUCUAAAGAUCGGGCCUGCAGACACACAGAUCGGCAUGGUCACUUUCGACACAAAACCCUACCUUCAGUUCCAUUUCAACAAAUUUUCUGAUAAACAGAGUAUCAUCAACAGAGUGAAAGCCACAACCUACACGAAGGGUGGCACCAACACGGACAAAGCCCUCAAGUACGCCACUGACACUAGCUUCACCACCGCCAACGGCAUGCGGCCCAAUGCUGCGCACAUCGCUAUUGUUGUCACUGACGGACAGAGCCAGAGCGCCGCCGCCACGGCAGCUGAGGCCAAACGUCUGAGAGAUAAGGGCAUUACAGUCUUCUCCAUCGGUGUCGGUGGAGGAGCCAAACAGUCCGAGCUCAACGCUAUCGCCUCUGACCCAGACAAAGACCACGUAUUUGUCGUCACUAACUUCGACUCUUUGAACCAGAUCAAGGGAUCUCUCCAGCAGAAGGCGUGUGAAGUGAAGCCGACCAUGAAGGCUGCCACCCCUCCUCCUGCCACCUGUGGAGGCCAAGCUGACAUUGUUUUCUUGCUGGAUGAGUCUGGCAGCGUGGGACAGUCAAACUUCGACAAGAUGUUGUCUUUCGUACAAAACGUGGCCAAUGACUUCACUAUUGGACCUAAUGACGUACAGGUUGGUGUGGACACAUUCUCUACAAGUUUCGGCACUGACUUCCACCUCAAAGACCACCUAAGCAAGCCAAGUCUUUUGAGCGCCGUCAAGAAUAUCCACUACAGCGGAGGAGGAACCAACACUGGGGAUGCUAUUGGCCACAUGACCCGUGAGUCGUUCACUGCUGCCGCAGGACACCGAGCUAACGUGCCUAAGAUCGCUAUCGUCGUCACUGACGGCAGAUCCAACAACAAGCAGGCAACGAUCGCUGAGGCAGAGAAAGCCAGGAAGGCUGGUAUCACAAUGCUGGCUAUUGGAGUUGGAGCAGGUGUGGACGACAGUGAAUUGAACGCCAUUGCCACUGAUCCAGACAGCCAGAAUGUAUACAAAGCUUCCUCAUUCGACGCCCUCAAGGGACUUCAGGGCUACAUCGCCACAAAAGCCUGUGGUGCAGCAAAGCCUCAGCCUAGCCAGAACCCGCCACCAAACCAGAAAACAUGCGGCAGUCAAGCCGAUAUUGUUUUCCUGCUCGAUUCAUCCGGCAGCGUUGGUAACUCAAACUUCAAGUUGCUCUUAAACUUUGUCAACACCCUGGUCCAAGAUCUGGACAUUGGUCAAAACAAGAUCCGCGUAGGUGUCGAGAAGUUCAGCAGCCGUCCGUAUAAUGAGUUCAACCUGAACAAGUAUAACGAUAAGACCUCCUUGCAGAACGCCAUCAGCAACAUUAAGUUCCAGCGUGGUGGAACCAAUACGGGAGAUGCUAUCACCUACUUGGACCAGAAUAUGUUCAAGCAGAGUAACGGAGACCGACCCGGAGUGCCAAACAUUGCUGUCAUCGUCACAGACGGCCGCUCCAACAAGCCAGAUGAAACGAAGGCUGCGGCAAAGCUGGCAAGAGACCAUGGUAUCAAUGUGUUCAGUGUGGGUGUUGGAAAAGGCAUUUCCAAGACAGAGCUAAACGAAAUGGCUACAGACCCGGACAACUCUCACGUCCUGAUGGUGGACGACUUCAGCAAACUCUCUGCCAUCAAGGGAGCUUUCCAGCAGCAGACGUGUCAGGCUAUCCCACCGACCCUGCCUCCAUAUAUUCCUACACAGGCACCUAAGAUGACACCGGCCCCCGACCCGUGCAAGGAUCAAAUCAAUGACUGUAAUAAGUACGGCGCUGACUCCUGCACGAACUACAAAGACUGGGCCCAGAAGAACUGCCAGCUGACGUGUGGAUUUUGCACCACGUCUGUACCGACUAUCCCACCUCCCUGUGUUGACAAGCUACCAGAUUGCCCCAACUAUGACGUAACGUCCUGCGUGGGAACAUACAAAAGCUGGGCCAUGGACAACUGCCGGAAGUAUUGCGGAUAUUGUGCGCCUAGUGCUCAGACCGGAGGCUACUUCAACAAGUGCUUUUACAAAGGCAAGCAAUACUCACAGGGUGAUAAAUGGGACGACGGCUGUGCAUACCAAUGUGAGUGCACAGAUGCCAGUACUGGAAAGUACGAUUGUUACAACAAAUGCCCCACCUACUACAACCUCCCAACAAAGUGCACACUUGUGCAAAAGCAAGGACAGUGCUGCCUAGAGCCAGUAUGUAACUUUGACGCAACCUAUACAACCAAGACAGGACAAAACGUCAGUGACCUCAAUGGCAACAAAGUCUGCGUCUAUGGAGGCAGUAAAUAUUACCAGAGUCAAGUUUGGACUGUUGGAUGUGACUUGGAGUGCAUAUGUGAGGACGCCGGUGUGGGACUAUACAAUUGCCAAAGCAAGUGUGCCCAUUAUGGAAACCUGCCAAGCUACUGCAAAUUGGUGAAACCACCAGGCGAAUGUUGCGAGAAACCUCACUGUGAGUUCUCAACACAAGUCGGAACCUUUACAGGGAAAGGCAACCCGAGUGGUCCUGGAGUCAACGGAAUGAUGACCACACCUCCCCCUUGUAUUGAUAAGAACCCAGACUGCAAAACAUAUCAAUCAGGCCUCUGCACAGACAUGAACUACCGUCCUUUCGCCAUGGACAACUGCAGAAAAUUCUGUGGCUUCUGUAACCAGACUGGUGUUCCAAGCCCCAAUGACGUUUGCGUGUACAAGGGACAAGCUUAUAAACAAGGCGAUGCUUGGUACGAUGGCUGCGAUAAGAUCUGCGUCUGUGACAAUGCUGCUUUCGGCUACUUCCGUUGCGAUGACAGAUGUCCAAAAUACCUUAACUUGCCCAGCGGCUGUACUCUACAGGACGUUCCCGGCCAGUGUUGCAAAGGUCUUCAGUGUAACACCCCAGGAACCUUUACUGGCUCUCAGACCGUGCCCAAUACUAUGGGAGCUGUACCUCAACCGUACCCAGCUCCAAACCCACGUCCGGCCGGCUCACAGUACCCAACGCCAGCUCCGGGACAGACAUAUGCUCCAUAUCCCUAUCUGACCCCAGCCCCAGGACAGACAUACGCCCCCGGAAAAUAUCCAACACUCGCUCCAGGACAGACUUACCCUCCAGGCAUUUAUCCAUACCCACCAUUGGUUCCAGGCCAGACACUUGCACCGGGACAAAAGCCCAUUCCCACUUUGCAGCCAGGACAAACAUGGGCCCCAGGAAAGAAUCCAUAUGCCACCCUUGUACCAGGACAAAACCCUUACCCUACGCCAGCUCCAGGGCAGACAUAUGCUCCGUAUCCCUAUCUGACCCCAGCCCCAGGACAGACAUACGCCCCCGGAAAAUAUCCAACACUCGCUCCAGGACAGACUUACCCUCCAGGCAUUUAUCCAUACCCACCAUUGGUUCCAGGCCAGACACUUGCACCGGGGCAAAAGCCCAUUCCCACUUUGCAGCCAGGACAAACAUGGGCCCCAGGAAAGAAUCCAUAUGCACCCCUUGUACCAGGACAAAACAACCCUGGUCCUACAAAAUACCCUUUCCCAACGCCAGCUCCAGGACAGACAUAUGCUCCUUACCCUUAUCUGACCCCGGCCCCAGGACAGACAUACGCCCCAGGAAAGUACCCAACACUCGCUCCAGGUAAAACAUAUCCUCCUGGCAUUUAUCCAUACCCACCACCGGUACCGGGCCAGACACUUGCACCGGGACAAAAGCCCAUUCCCACUCUGCAGCCUGGACAGACAUGGGCCCCAGGAAAGAAUCCGUAUGCCACCCUAGCACCGGGUCAGACAUAUGCGCCUGGUCAGUACCCUUUCCCCACACUGGCUCCUGGACAAACGUAUGCCCCUGGACAAAAUCCGUACCCCACUUUGGCACCUGGACAGACAUACGCCCCUGGAAGGAACCCAUACCCGACUUUGGCUCCUGGACAAACUUAUGCCCCUGGCCAAGCUCCGUUCCCUACUCCAGCACCUGGUCAAACGUAUGCCCCUGGUCAAGCUCCAUUCCCAACUUUGGCACCAGGACAGUCUCCAAAUCCAAACGGAGGACAAGUGGUCAUCCCACCUAAACUAGACGGCUGUGUAUACAAUGGAGUGUUGUACCAACAGGGUCAGAGGUGGUCUGACGGAUGUAAAUCUACAUGUGUUUGUGAAAACGGCAAGACAGGACAAUACAGAUGUUCUCCUAGAUGUCCCACUUUCCAGAGCCUGGAUCCCCGCUGCACCCUCAAGGACAACCCCAAUGACGUUUGCUGCAAGUUCCCAGACUGCCCAACUCAGCCCAAUGGACAGGUUAUCAACGUGGUGCCCACAUACGGACAGGGAUCCACUGGCUACUCACCAGCCCAGGUGCCUACAGGCACGGGAGGCACUAUGACCGGCUCAGGCGGACUGCCCGUUAACGUUUUACCUUCAGGAUCCUCUGCUCCCAUGACUGGCACUAGGACCGGCUGUGUCUACAAAGGAACGCUGUACACGCAAGGAGCCAAGUGGAAGGACGGAUGUGACUUCAACUGCGAGUGCUUGGACGGCACAACUGGAAACUACAGAUGCACCGACAUCUGCCCCAAUCUGAGCAACCUCCCACCGCAGUGCGUGCUCAUCCCUGACCCCAACAACGCGUGUUGUCAGACGUACAAGUGUGACUUCACCAAAACCACACAGGCUCCAGUGCCUAUCAACCAAGGAGGCACCGCAGCUCCGCCUCCUGGAACUUCUACGUGUGUGUACAACGGUCGCUACUACCGCCAGGGAGAGGAGUGGACAGACGGGUGUGCCCUGCGUUGUCGAUGUGAGGACGCUAUGAACAACGUGCACCAGUGCACCAACAGAUGCCCCGAUUACAACAACGUACCCAUAAGCUGUACUAGGGUGCCAGACCCCAAGGACCCUCAGUGCUGUAAGAUCCCCGACUGUGGUGCCGUCACUGGCACAUCAGGAGGAGGUACAACCACAGGCCUCAGUCCUGUCGGCUUCUCUGGCACCAUCACCGGCUAUGGAAAACCCCCUGACAGGAACAGCAUCACUGGAUUCAGAAACGGCUGUUUGUUCAAGGGCGUGGUUUACAACCAGGGCGACACCUGGGAAGAUGGCUGCGACUAUGAUUGUGAAUGUACCGAUGCCUCUGCCGGAAAAUACGUGUGUAAUGAGAGAUGUCAGCGAUUUGGCUCCGUUCCCUCUGGGUGCUCGUUGGGGCCUGAUCCUAACGACAGAUGCUGUCAACAGGUGUCGUGUGUGCCUACAGCAGGCCAGGCUGCUACCUCCGCGCCCAACACCGGCCCGUGCCAGGACAAACUGAAGGACUGCUACCUGUACGGCAAGGCCUCCUGUACCGGCCAGUACGCCGCCUGGGCCAAGGACAACUGCCAGCUGUUCUGCGGCUUCUGUGGAACCAAUACACAGACGAAAUGUGAGGACAAGAUUCCCAACUGCGUUGAUUACGGCACCGACUCCUGCAAGGGAGACUACACGAGCUGGGCCGAGUUCAACUGCCCCAAGACGUGUGGUCUGUGCGGUGGAACAGCUACGUCCAAUCCAAUCAAUGUGGGUGGAGUCACAAAUCCACCGUCUGGGGGUAUCAGUCCAGGUAAAACAAAAAACGAACAAAAUAAAGAAAACGUCAAGUCUUUGUUUAUCUCACUGAACAUAAUUUAUCUCUCUAUCUAUUGCAGCCUAUCCGCAAGACCACUAACGAGUGUGUGCCUCCAUAAUCAUUUGGCUAUAUCUCUUUUUUUUUCAUUUUCAGAACAACUUAUCGCUGCUGGAGGCUCAAGUGGCGGCAAUACUGGAUUCAACCAAGGAUCAUUCACCAUUGACCCUAACUCUGGAGUUGUCACUGGAGUGGGAGCUGCUGGCUGUUACUACAAGAACAAGCUCUACCAGCAAGGCGAUGACUGGCAAGACGGCUGCCUGUACAACUGCACAUGUGAGAACGCGGUCACUGGAUUUUACAAAUGUGUUGACAGAUGCCCAACCUACAACUUCCUGCCUCAGGGAUGUUCUUUGGUGAAGAAGCCAGGACAGUGUUGUAGUGAGCCUCAGUGUGUGGGGGCCGGAGGACAAAUUACCUCUACUGUGGGAGUGAUUGUUGAUAUUAUCAAUGCUGUUGCUCGAUGUAUUCAGUGGAACCUGCCCAGUGUGUGUACUCUGAAAGCCCCUGCUCCUGGCAAGUGUUGCAAGACUCCAGACUGCCCAUCAAAUGUCAACAUUCAGUACCCACCGGGCUAUGUCGAGCAAUAACUCCCACUUCCUUCUUCCACGCUACGCAUUUAUUAAUGCGGCGACAGUAACCUUUGACCCCUACCUAAGGGAUGGAAUUACAGUGAGAACUGCGCUCACGAAGGAUGUAUAGACAUUUUCUCUGUGAAAGGGACGUGAAGAUUUCUGGUGGUAUAGGGUCUAAUGAGACUAUAUGAAUUUUCAACACAAGAAUUUUCAAAAUAAGCCUGUUUUUGUUUUUAUUGUUGACAUGCUCAAAGAAAGAACAAUAAAAACGGUGUUAAUUUGUUCUUUGAUUGAAAAUUCGUUUCGAAACCGCAAUCGAUGAAAAUCUACUGUAAGCAAUAAUAUGAUACGGACUUUGAUGGCUUUUAUUUACUAAACUAUGCAACCUUCACAGUUUGUUGACGCUAUAACAUUUCUCAGCAAUUGUCUAUGGUGAUAUUACCUUGUUUUAAUAAACAAAUAACCCAAAGAUCA